UUAUUACUAAAUACUUCUAAAAGUAAUUUCUUUUGUAUUUACAGUGAAUAUUUGAUUAACUCAUUGUGUUUAGGAAAUAAUAUGUACUCAAAUUUUAACUUUUAUGGAAGUAUAAUUAUACUUAAACGAUAGUAUAACUGAAGUUAAAAAUAAUAAAAUAUGGCGGUACCAUCGCCUAAAUCGCCAGAACAAUCUGAAAGAAGCCGAAAAUAUGAUCGACAGCUUAGACUGUGGGGUGAUCAAGGACAACAAGAUUUAGAGACUGCUCAUGUAUGUGUUGUAAAUGCCACAGCACUCGGUACAGAAAUAUUGAAAUCGCUGAUCUUACCUGGUGUAGGUGCAUUUACUUUAAUUGAUAAUGAAGUAGUUACUGAAGAAGAUGUAGGUUCUAAUUUCUUUAUUACUACUGAAAGAGUUGGAGAGAAAAGAGGGUCUGUUACUUCCCAAUUACUAUGUGAACUCAAUCCAGAUACACGAGGUCACUUUGUUGAUGAAUCAGUUUUGAAGUUAUUAGAUUUAAAUCCAGGAUUAUUUAAAACAUUUACAGUUGUAGUUACCACAUCACUUCAUGAAAAAGAAAUAAUUGCCUUAUCUCAUAAAUUAUGGGAAUGGAAUAUUCCUUUAAUUGUUUGUAACAGUUAUGGUUUCUUUGGGUCAAUGCGAUUACAAAUUGAUGAACAUACUAUGAUUAAGACACAUCCCGACAAUCAAAAUCCUGAUCUACGAUUAGACUGUCCAUUUCCUAAAUUAAAAGCACAUUUUGAUAGCUAUGAUUUAGAUAUACUUGAACUCACAGAUCAUUUACAUGUUCCGUAUCUUAUAAUAUUAUAUAAACAUUUAGAAAAUUGGAGGAAAGAAAUUGGUGAUGAUACAGCUUUACCUGAAACUUAUAAACAGAAACAAUUUAUUCGACAAAAUAUAAGAAAUAGUAUAAGAAAACAUGAUAAUGGUACACCUCACCAUGAAGAAAAUUUUGAAGAAGCAAUUAAGUGUGUAAACUUUGCAUUUAAUAAAACAACAAUUCCUUCAGAAGUUCAGCAGUUAUUUAAUGACGAAAAACUUAUUAAUUUAACUUCAAAUAGUAAACCAUUUUGGAUUAUGGCUAAAGCUCUUAAAGAUUUUGUAGAAAAUGAAGGUAAUGGUAGAUUACCUGUUCGUGGAACAUUACCUGAUAUGACUGCUGAUACUUUCAAAUACAUAAGCUUACAGCAAUUGUACCACGAACAAGCUGCUAAAGAUGCUGAACAAGUUUUCAAUAGAGUCCAACAAAUACUACAAGAUAUUAAUCAACCUGAUGAUACUAUUAGUGAACACGACAUAAAAAUAUUUUGUAAACAUUGUACUGAAAUAUGUGUUAUGAGAGGCACACGAAUAGCUGAUGAAUAUGAACGUAAAAGUGGUGCAGAAAAUGAAAUAGCCCAAAGUCUUGAAGAUCCAGAUAGUUUAAUUGAACAUUAUAUUAUCCUAAGAGGUAUUGAGAGGUUUUAUUCUGAAUAUUACAAUUAUCCUGGUGAAAUUGAUGAACAGGUUGAACCUGAUAUUCCCAAAUUAAAAUCAUGCAUAACAAAAUUACUAAAUGAAUGGGGUUGUAUGUCUUCUACAAAAGAAGAUUGUAUACAUGAAUAUUGCCGUUAUGGAAAAUCUGAAUUACAUAGUGUAUCAUCUUUUAUUGGAGGUUGUGUAUCACAUGAAGUCAUUAAAUUAGUCACUAGACAAUAUAGACCAGUAAAUAAUUCAUUUGUUUAUAAUGCCAUUAAUUGUAGUACUGAAUCCUUCACACUUUAAUAUUUUCAAUUAGUUAAAAAUUUGUCUCUUAUAUAAAUUAAAUAUUUAAUUAUUUUAAAAAAUUAUGUAUUUUUUGUUGUUUUAUUAAUUAUGUAUUAAAUUUUAACAAUCAUAAAAGGUCACUUUAUUUAUAUAUUUAUAAU